AUGGAUUCACAAUCAUCAGUGACUGUGAAUGGGGUGACUAAGAAUCCUCAUUACGAGAAGCUUAAGAAGUUCAAGGGAAUUGACUUCAAGAGAUGGCAACAGAAGAUGUUGUUUUAUCUCACAACCAUGAAUCUGGCACAUGUUGUCAGAGAGGAGGCUCCCAAAUCAGGAGAAAAUCCAAUGUCUAAGGAAACAAUGAUGACCAUUGAGGCUUGGAAACAAUCUGAUUUCCUGUGCAGAAACUACAUCCUUAACAGGCUUGAUGAUACUCUGUAUGACAUUUAUUCGUCAUACAAUUCUGCAAAGGAAGUUUGGGAAUUACUUGAGAAAAAAUACAAAACAGAAGAUGCUGGUGCCAAAAAGUUCGUGAUUGGCAAAUUUCUCAAGUAUGCCAUGGUUGAUUCGAAGACUGUUAUUAAACAGGUUGAAGAACUUCAAAUUCUGAUCCAUGAUUUGCUUGCAGAGGGGUGCUCUAUUAAUGAACACUUCCAGGUUGGAGUAAUCAUAGAGAAACUGCCUCCAUCAUGGAAAGACUUCAAAAUUUACUUGAAGCACAAGCGCAGAGAGAUGUCUAUGGAGGAUCUGAUUUUGAGGCUUCGAGUUGAGGAGGAUCACAGGAAAGGUGACAAGGGUGAAGUUCUUGUCAUGGAAGCCAAAGCCAAUGUCGUUGAGACAUCAAAGCCAAAAUUCCAGAAUAACAAGGGCAAGAAAGUUGCAAAGAACUAUGGAAAAACUCAUGCACCAAAAGGCAAGGAUUUCAAGAAAAUCAAAGGUGCUUGCUGGGUAUGUGGAAAACCAGGGCAUAAAGCACAAGAUUGCCGCCACCAAAGAGACCAAAAUCCAACCAAUCCUCAAGCCAACGUGACUGAAGUCAAUGAACAUUUUGUGGCUGUAGUGUCUGAAACCAAUCUGGUUUCUGAUACUAAGGACUGGUGGGUUGAUACAGGUGCUACUAGGCACAUUUGUGGUGACAGAAAUCUGUUCACUGAUUACGAACAGAAUUCUGGUGGUGAGAAACUGUACAUGGGAAAUGCCUCUGCAUCUGCAGUUGAAGGCAAAGGCAGUGUGCUGCUGAAGUUCACUUCUGGGAAGGUUUUAACCCUUUUGGAUGUGCUGCAUGUUCCUGAAAUUAGGAAGAACUUAGUGUCUGGCCCAAUUCUUAGUAAGAAGGGUUUCAAACUUGUAUUUGAAUCUGACAAGUUCAUCCUAACCAAAGGAGGGCUGUUUGUAGGAAAGGGUUACCUUGCUGAUGGCUUGUUCAAACUCAAUGAAAUUUUUCCUUACAAAGAAAAGAGGUCCGGUUCAAACAAAAGGAAAGUACAUGAUGGAAAUCCUAAUGAACCAUCCUCUUCAGGUGUCCAAGAAAAGGAAGUGGAACCUAGAAGAGGAAAGAGGACUAAAACACCAAAAAGUUUUGGACCAGAUUUUGUAAGUUUCCUGACUGAAGAAGAACCACAAACUUAUAAGGAAGCUAUGGCUUCACCUGAGGCUCCUUUAUGGAAGGAAGCUGUUAAUAGCGAAGUAGAAUCCAUUAUGCAGAACCAUACGUGGGAAUUGGUUGAUUUACCACCUGGUAACAAACCAAUUGGAUAUAAAUGGAUUUUUAAAAGAAAGCUAAAAGCCGAUGGUACUAUUGAUAAAUACAAGGCACGUUUAGUUGCUAAAGGGUAUCGGCAAAAGGAAGGGUUGGAUUAUUUUGACACUUAUUCUCCAGUAUCAAGAAUUACAUCUAUAAGGAUGUUAAUUGCUAUAGCUGCAAUACACAAUAUGGACAUACAUCAAAUGGAUGUAAAAACAGCUUUCUUAAAUGGGGAAUUAGAUGAAGAAAUAUACAUGGAACAACCAGAAGGUUUUGUGGUAAAAGGUCAAGAAACUAAAGUCUGUAAACUUGUUAAGUCUUUAUAUGGACUUAAACAAGCUCCAAAACAAUGGCAUCAAAAGUUUGAUCAUACAAUGAUGUCACACGGAAGAUCAAUGAAUGUGACAAGUGUGUUUACAUAA